AUGGCAUUUCUACAAAAUUUUCCAGGACAGACUAUCCGGUCUACAAGAGGCUUCAAGUGGAAUACUACCAAGACCCCGUUAAAUGACAACGAACUCUCUAGCUCAAACCUGGGCGAACAGGGGAGCCCCAUGUUUUCCACACCUCAAAAGAGUCCAAAUGGUCCGAUAACAGACUUCAAUUAUACACCUUCUCAUCAAAAGCCGUACCUGAACGCAUCGCAAGGAACUGCAGUGUCAUCACAUAAAGAUUUAAAAGAGAUAGUUGAAACAACAUUAGGGUCUCAGGGUGUCCUAAACCAGGCUGUAAAACUACCCAAGGGUGAAGAUAUCAGCGAAUGGAUUGCAGUACACUGUGUUGACUUUUACAAUCAAAUAAACAUGCUGUACGGCGCUGUCACAGAAUUCUGUUCACCCGAGUCAUGUCCUCGCAUGAUAGCUACUAGCGAAUAUGAAUAUCUGUGGUAUGUUAAACCGGGGUCUCCACCACUUUCAGUAUCGGCCCCCAAAUACGUUGAGUUUCUAAUGAAAUGGUGUCAGGAUCAAUUUGACGACGAACAAGUAUUUCCUUCUAAACCGAAUGUCCCAUUUGCUUCAUCUUUCAUCGAUACAAAUGCCAAGCCUAUUUUGAAGAGACUGUUCCGGAUUUAUGCUCACAUAUACUGCCACCACUUCAACGAGAUGCUCGAACUCAACUUACAAACAGUUUUAAACACAAGUUUCAGACAUUUCUGUCUUUUCACUCAAGAGUUACAAUUACUGAAGAAGCAGGACUAUGGGCCACUUAUUGAACUCGUACAAGAGCUAAAGGACAGGUAA